AUGUCGCACUCCUAUUAUUAUGGCCAUAAAGAUAUUAAAAACGAUUCUUCUGCCUUGUUAGCUGCGAAUCUCGUGAAAUUAGAACAACUACAAGCGGAGGCUGGCAUAGAAAUACUCGAUCGUACCUCACGAAUGUCCAUAGAUGUGAAUGUGACACGAACAAUGUCUUUUGAUGCUUUUUCAAAUGAACCCAAUAAGGAUCUAAUGAAGCAAUUCAUUGAAUCUUUAAAUCCCAUACAAAAAGUGGAGUGGCUGGAAAGUGGUUUUGCGGGAAAGAGUUAUCUUAUUGUCACAGCACCAGUAUUAUUUGUCCUACAGCUUUUUAUUCCCGUUGUGGACUACGAACGAGAACGUCAUGGCUGGUCGAAAUUAUUGAACUCGAUCCAAAUCCCUUUUGUACCAUUGAUUGUAGUGUAUGCGCUGUCAACAAAUGUAUUUUUACUAGGCUUGCCACUUUGCUGUCACACUUUACCGAUUACCAUACCCAUAUCGUGCUAUAUGCUAUAUACAACACGAACCGAUAUUCCACCCAAUUAUCAUCAAGUCAUAGCUUUGUAUGGUGUUGCUUGUUCCAUUUUAAUAAUUUACUACUCGUCCAGUGAAUCCGUCGAAAUAUUGCGCGUCAUUGGCAUUGUGACCAACAGAAGCAACUCAUUCCUUGGAUGCACCUUACAAGCCUGGGGUAAUAGUAUUGGCGACUUGGUAUCAACCAUUGCUUUGGCACGCCAUGGAUAUCCGCGAAUGGGUUAUGCUGCUUGUUUCGGCGGUCCAUUUUUUAAUUCGAUUUCAUCAUUUGGAGGGGUUUUUAUAUACGAAACCUUUCGUAGCGAAACACCUAUAUCCGUUCCGCAAGGCAGCUUAGGCGAAAAUUGUGUAAUUUUCCAGUUUAUAGCUGCAUUAUCAGUUUUGGCUUGGUCCACUUUAACGAAUUUUUCCGCUCGACGAAGUAUUGGUGUCUUCAACUUCAUAUUAUAUGCAAUAUUUUUAGUUUUCGUGUUCUUGGGAGAAUUAGAAAUUAUUGAAACGUUCGCUCCUGAACAAGAAGAAGAAAUGCUGGAAUCGUAGAAAUCAACAAGGAAAAAGCUUUGCAGUUUUGAUGAGUAACUUUUGUUCAUAUCGCACAAAUUCUUCAGAUGUGUAUUAACUCAAAAUGACCCGCUCGCCAGAAAAUGCUAAAAACUAUUUUUACUUUACAUUCUUUCUACAAAUUACACUAAAAUUUUGCCCCAACUUUUUCUGAAAGGUAAAUAUGUAGAUACAUAUAAGGUCUGUGAACAUUUUAGCGCAUAUAAAAAUUUACAAAUUUUGAAAUCAUACACUUUUAAAGAACGUGUGCGAUAUAUAUAAUGAAUCGGUUAAUUACAAAGGGGAAUAAGUCAGAAAUUUUCGAUAUGAAACUCUGUUAAACUGCAUCAAAUUUUCCAUAUCGGAAAAAUGCUGACUUAUUCACGUUGAUAAUUAACCGAUUCAUAUAUCGACACCUGAGUGGAAGAUGGACCUAUCUCGGCAGCCACUUUGAAAACGCCCUAUCUCAGAAAGCUUUUCAAGAACGCCCUAUUUAAGAAUUUUAUUGCAAAACACCCUAUCUCAGAAUUUGGUUGAAGAAGGCACCACUACCUCAGAAUUCAGUUUAAAAACGCCCUAACUCACUUCACAAUGUAUUGAAAAUGUGCUGACAAAGGGCGUAUUUGAACCGAAUUCUGAG